AAAUACAGAAUACGGGAAGUAACUCUUGAUGUAAACACGUAUUGCACGUCAGUAUGAGUAUGGAAAAACAUCUGUUAGUUUAACAAACAGUUAACUUGAUUUGUCGGUUUUUUCUUGCAAAUUGCAGAAAAAUGUCAAGUUUAGAAAACCUCCCAAUUGACAUUCAUUUUAACAAACUACUAGAUUGGUUAAUCAACAGACGACACUGUAUUCAGGAAUGGCCAGCCCGAGCCGUUGUAAUCAGGGAAAAAAUCAAUGAAGCAUUAACAGAUAUGCCACAAAACCCCCAGAUAUUAGAACUGCUAGAGGGAACUCAUAUAAAUUAUUUUCAUUGUAAGAAGAUAAUUGAGUUGCUUAAAAAAGAUGAGGAAUCUGGUAAAAAGAAUGUGUUUGGACAGUAUUCAUCUCAAAGAAUGAAAGAUUGGUCAGAAGUUAUAAAGUUGUAUGAAAAGGAUGGAGUCUAUUUAGGAGAAACUGCUCAGAUGCUGGCAAGAAACGUUAACUAUGAAGUGCCAGCUCUAAAGAAACAGAUUGCUAAAUGCCAGCAAAUUAAAAAAGAAUGUGAAAGGAAGCAAACAGAUUACACUUCCAAAGCUGAGGAACUCAGGAAAAAGUAUGACGCAACAUGUAAACAGAUGGGCAUUGAGGGUAAAAAGAUAAAAACAGAAUUGGCUGCCCUUGUUCAGGAUCUGCCUGCUCAGUUUCAUCAGAUUUCGGAGGCUGCAUCAAAAUUGUCCAAAUCUGUGCAAUAUUACGAUGAAUUUGUUGACUUUGUUACAAAAAGAUCUGAAGAAAAGAGAGACAGUUUGCCAAUGUUGAAGUAUAUAAUGGAAAACGGAAACACAACUACAUAUCAGUGGAGGACGGGACAGAAACCAGAGGUGAUAGAGGAGGCCAAAGUUUUCAUUGAUACGUCGGAGGAAAACGAGGUCGGCCAAGUCACAGAUGAUAUUGACUGGGGAGACCCGGGUGCUAUGACAGAGUCUGCCAUUGAUUUUGGAGACGAGAUUGAUUUCAAUAUGGCGGACAUUACUGUGGAGACAGGAGGCACAGAGGAAGGAGACCAGAACCCUGACACUGGUGUCACAGGGCAUGAUAGUGACAGUAAUGGGAUAGACUGGACCGAUGUAGUCAUUGUGGAUAAACCCGAUGCUGAGGGUGUUGCCAAAGGAGAAGAUGCCAUGUCACUUCUUGACAAUCCCAGGACGCGGACUCUCUUCAUUGAUGACUUGAUGGAGUUGGAGGCAUUCCUGAUGCAACGGUUGUUUGAGCUGGACUCGGACUCGGCUGGGGGGGAUGUGUUGUCAAGCAGUCAGAUGCAAGAUGCCCCUUCCUCCCUACAACUCCAGUCACCCGUGGUUACCAAGAUGGUCAGUCAGGUCCGAGACGUCAUCGCUGCAUUUAGUACUGUCAAGAUGCAUCAUUUACUGUCCAUUAGGAAUUCUCCACGAUAUGUUGAUCGUCUGAAAGAGACUUUGAAACAGAUGUUGAGUCUGGCAGACAAGAUGGUGUUCUUAGAGAAACAGAUGGUCGUUAAAUACAAAGAUGCAGAUUCUGAGCUAAGGGAAAUCCAGCCUAAACUGGAGCUAGUCAUAAAACGCACCAAGGAAAUGCAGAAACAGAUGGAGUCAGAGAUAUCAAACCGCUACAAGGAUAGAGUGGUCAAUAUAAUGGGAGAAAUCAACACAAUGUGAUUAUACUGGGAAUAUUAUAAAAACAAAAUAUUGUGAUACACAUUAAUACAUUAUCAUUUUCUGCGAAAUUCGAUCUUGCGAAAUUGGAAACAUUCUAUAACUUCUUUGGACUAUGGAUAUUUAAAAUGUUUGACUCUUGAAAAUGUUUGUUACAGUUCAAAUAUGUAAAUGUCACAGAAUACAAGAUCUGUACAGCUAUUAUUGAUAUACAGUAGGUAAUCAUACCAUAUUUCAUUAUAUUGUUAUGUUACUGUGAUUUACAAGUGCAUGAAUUUAUACACUGUUGCAAUAAACAAAGGCCUAAUCUAGA